AUGCUGUGUCACUUCUCGAUGCGCACUAAUGUGAAUUUGGACUCUAGUCAAGGUGCUCUAUACUUUCGACAACGAUAUCCGGAGUUGGUCGCUCAGCUGGGACAGGAUUAUACCGUCUACGCCUACGAUUACUCGGAAUAUGAGACACCCCUUGUAGGACAGGGAAUGCUAUCAUGGGUUCUGGCCUCGUCCUCUCCUACCCCGAAUGCGCCGGCUCACCGAUCAAAGACAAUGGUAACCGGUCGGGUCUGCAAAAAUGUGCUAGGUUUAUUUUCGAAAGGCGCCCAGGAGACACUAGAGGUUAAACUGCGAUUGGUGCCGGUCCCGACAGCCUUGCAACGUGAAUACUUGGAUAGCAUGCAGAAGUACCGGGAGCUCAGCAAUGUCAUUCCCCACGACUUCGAUGCACAGGCAUGGACGGAUUUCUUGCGUCAAAACCCCGGCUUGAUGGCGCCCUCAUCCCAGCAAGCUGCCCAAGCAUCAUCCCCCGUGGACCAUUCCGGUAUUGAAAGGUUUCAUCAGAUUCUUAGCGCAGGCUCCACACCAAGGGAAAUCGUGUCAAUACCGACUCAUCAAUCGUACCGACCGACAUCUCCUGCACAGUCAGCUUUAAGCACGGUAAGCAGAGUUCACACGCCUGGAAGUCAAUUCCCGAUCCAGCAACAAGAACAGUCCGCACCACGGCCCCAACACCUUGAGCGAAGUCAGAGCGACGUUAUCCGUCCUUCAUCUAGUGCAUCCAUGCGCGAUGCCGAUUUCCAUUCUUAUGCAAAGUCCAACCGCAGGGAUUCAAUACAUUCAGGGUAUGGUAGCUGCGAAGAGUCCUCGGAACAACAGCCUAGGAAAAGGGCCAAAUUAUACCGGGCCGAUGCCCCUGGCAAGGCCGACUUGAACAUCGAGAGACAACCAAGCUCUUUAAGAGUGGCGGCUAGCACAGCAGCUUCCGUUCGUAUUCAUCGCCCCACGCCAAUCAACCCGCUCAUAUCUGCGGCUCAGAACUCGAACGAAGAACCCGUUCGUCCGCCUACGCCUAUUUCAGAUAUGAACCACCUGCCCCGUCGCGCGCGCCCUCUUCCCAGCCUUCUCCGAGAAUCAUCGACGCAGAGCACUAGCCAGAGCAAUCAGUACAAUUCACCAUAUGCCAUGAGCGACGAUCAUCCUUCUGUAGAACCGACGACAACAUCGCCCGAGGAAUCUCGUUACCAGGGUCUAUUUGAACCGUCCUUUUCUAUGCCGUCCUCGCCUCCAAUUUUGGACAACGCGCUGCCUACUCGGUCUAGUCCUGUCCUUCCACCCAUGAGGGCUGACCUAGAUUCCGGAUUCAUGAGUACUGGCAUUGACGACCUUCUGGACGAUGAGCUCGGGCCCCCGCUUGAUAAUGCAAGGCCAGCGUCAAAAAACUCAACUAAGCCCACGCGGACCGUUCGUUCUGCGGCCCAAGCGAGUUCCCCCGCCAGUGUUGCUGGUAUGCUUGAAGACCGUGUUAUUGAAAUCCCCGACAACCAGCCGGAGAAUGAACCCGUCAACAGCAUGGAGUUGCCAAGCAGCGCAGCUCAAAACGCUUCUGUCAGCGGCGCUGAGGUUUCAGCUGAGAAUUUUCCUGUCAGUGGGACCCCCUUUGAGCAGCAGCACCAGCAGCAGGUGAAAGAUGCCCCAGUCACCUUGCCCCGUGCUUCUAGGGCUACUUCAUCGCGACCUUCUUCACGCGCCAGUGUGAGGCACACGCCCAAGCCGCUAGCGCCGGCUCCUAUAUCCCAGAGUGAGCUGGAGCAACUUCUUAGCGCAAUCCCUGAGAGCGAUCCCGUCUUGCCAAGUGAUGGUGCGGCCGCAGAGACUCCAGCUCCGAAUUCUGUCAACGAGGAAGGCAAACCUCGCAGCGGUGCCGGUGCCAGGCGACUGAAACAAGUUAAGCAAGUCCAACUACGCCUCGAAAGGUGCAUCCGCGAGGGACAGGCGCCACCCUAUUGUGAAAACUGUGGGGCUAUUGAGACCCCUACUUGGCGCAGAGCUCACUCCAAAGUCUUCGAGGGGAGCGAGGAAGACGCCAAUGAGCACACCAAGGACCCUUUGGUAUUCUUCUGGCAGCCUGUCGAGACAAACGAGCAGGGAAAGGUCACAAAGUACAAGGUCUACAAGAAGAAGUUGACGGAUGACGAAAAUGAUUUUGCACUGGUCCUACUUUGCAACCCUUGUGGUAUCUGGCUUCAGAAAUGCAAAAGCAUGCGCCCUGAGAAUAGGUGGAACAAAGCUAGCUACGAAAAAAGAAAACGACCGCGCAGGACUCGCAAAGAUGCUGGGCCGCUUUCGACUAAUAAGCGCCCCGGUGGCCGCAGCACAAGCGAGCCGUCUAAGCCAGAUGCUUCCUCACCAGGCGUAUCAGACGCUUCGAGCCCAGCAGCUGAUGAUGAUACUACCCCGGGUCCGGAUAAUGAUGCUGGUAAGGCGGGCGAAACUGAAGGACAAAAGAACGAUGAUGCUCAGGAACCGCCAGCAAAGCGCCGCCGCGCAAACAGUGCAGAACCUCGCAAAUCAUCUGACAGAGCAGGAAGCCGCUGGCAUGAGGGGGAUGCAAGGGAAGCGCUUCGGCGGGCAAUUCAAUCCAGCCCUGCUAGGAAUCUUGCAGGUGGCAAUACUUCAGCCCCGGGUGAGAGAAACCUGCCUCCCAAGUCAGUGAGGAGAGUAUUGUUUCCUAAUUCGCAGAACGAGGGGGGUCCUUUGCGAGCAUUAGGCGACUCGGUCUUGAACAGUCCUAAGCGAGGCUCACGCGUCCCCGGCGUCCAAGAAGCGAACAAGGAGCCCGGCGAGAAAGAGAACCAGGCUGUGAAUGACUUAGAGCGGCUCUUCGAGAGUCCCUCUUUUGAAUUUGAGCUUUGUGCUAGUCCCACCCCCAAGCGACGAAAUCAACGCCUGACUACAUCGGACAAGCGACACUCACUUCCCUAUAUCUCGCCUGUCAAGUCUCGAAGAGACGGAGCUAUUGAUAUAACCCCAACUCGAACUCCUGCACGUCGGCUGCAGCGCGUCCAGAGCAGUCCUGGGUCUGUUCCCCACCAGAACCGGACACCUGGGCGAUCUCGCUCGCUUAUUCCUGACCUUCCGCCGAUGUCAGAUGAUAUCUUCGGCACAGCUGCAUUUCAAGGCAUGGACGAGAUGAUUGUAGAUAUCUUCUCCGACAAUGCCAACUCGGCGCUUCACACAGAUCCAUUAUUCGCACUCGAUUCCAGAAAUGUGUCGAAUAAUAACUGGGCAGAUUGGCUCCCUUCUGAUCUUUCCCCAUCCAAAUCGGACAGGAACCAGAACAAUGAUGAUGCGGACAUCAUCAACGCACUUCUUUCUGAUGCCGACAUUCAAAAAGACAUGUUCCAGUACCCUGAUCCUCGAACCCUUGACUCUGGCUUUUUCAGCUCAGAUGCAGUCCAGGCGGAUGGAAUGGCCCUCGAGAAAACAAACGUGUCCAAGAGCCAAGCCACAAACACGGAACAGGUUUAG